CUUGCCCACUGCCAUAAAUUCGGCGCUGCCCACUGCCAUUAAUUCUGCUUUUGCGUCGCUUCAAGCAUCUGGAUCUGACGACGGGGAGGCAGAUCGGAAGAGGGAGUAAACAGGGGAGGAUCUUUCAGCUAGAGGAGCUCUCGAGUCCACCCAUGUCUUUGUUAGAGUCUAGUAAUUCGGCUUUGUCUUCAUUCUAUCCUGUCUUUUCGAGUCAGUCAGAUACUUCUUGGCAUCUUUGGCAUAGUCGUCUGGGUCAUCCCAAUUCAUCUCGUCUUAAGUCUAUGUUCCAACAGAAUCUGCUUGGUAAUAAACCUAUUGUUUUUUCG